AUCAGUUGACCACAGUCAAUCCAGGAAAUCACCAGUCAACAAAAUGUUCAUCAAAGUUGUUGCAAUCAUCGCCUUCAUAGGCAUCUGUCAAUCCGCGCCAGCUGAUCAUCAUCACGCGUACUCCUCCCAGAGCAUCGUAGUACACCAUGAGCACAAAGAAAAAAAACACGAGCCUGAACAUCACAGAGUCGAAGAGUACAAAGAAGAGCCCAAACACGAAUACAAUGAGCAAAAAUACGAACCUCAAAUACACAAACAUGUUGUCAAACAUGAACAUAAACACGAAGUCAAGCAUGAAGUGAAACAUGAAGAGAAACAUAAACACGAAGAAAGAACUAACCACAAAAAUGAGAACAAACAAAUCCAACAUAAAGAUGAGCCACACAAACCUGCCAUUUCCUCUCAGCACAUCGAGCGUCAUGACAUCCCCGCUCACCCACCGAAAGGCUUCAAUGACCACCAUGGCCACGCUAAGUACGAGUUCUCAUACAAGGUGCACGACCCUCACACUCACGACGUGAAGCAGCAGCAUGAGACCCGAGACGGUCACUCCGUGCACGGCGUCUACAGUCUGCACGAGGCUGACGGCUCCAUCCGCACUGUCAAGUACUCCGCGGAUAAGAAGACUGGAUUUGAAGCCGACGUCAAGCACACCACAAAGCAUGUUGAAGAGCACAGGCAACACCACUGAUCGACUGAUCUUGUUAUAUUUAAAACCUGGACUUUAUGUAUAAUUAUUUAUUCUAUCAUGUUACAAAGUAAAU